CGGCCACGGCAGCUGUUUACCGGGGAACUUCCCGGGAACGCGAGUGGUGCUGCUGUUGGGCACGAGCCGCUGGGCGACGCGCGACUGACUGCGAUGCGGGAAAACGCGCGCUUUUAGACACGCCGAAUCCCUCCCGGUCGCUGCAGCUGUCUCUUGGGAGAGACUGUAAGGACAGAAAUCAUCAUCAUGGCCUCAAACGUGCCGAGUUCCGCCGACUUUCGCGCGCAGCUCACCUCCAUCAUGGAGCUGCUCACGCGGGCGGCCGUGGCGGAUAUAGUGCAGCUCGUGGAGCGGAGCUGCGCUGCGCUGCGCCUCGAAGUGAGUCGGAAACAGGAGGAGAUCCGGGCGCUGGAGCGCAGAGUGAAGGCGGUGGAGGGAGCCGACCAGGACCCUGAGAUGCAGGGCCUCUGCGUGGAGACACGGCACAUGGAUGACUGGGAAGCUGCGGAGCCUCGGGAGCCGUGCUCCGUCUCGCCUACUCGAGUGGUAGCAGAUGUGGGAGAAGACAGGCAGGAAUCACCUGUGUUGAAGGAGAAGCAGUUAGAGGAUACUUGGCUGACCUGCUUACCACCUGGAGGGAUAAAGAUGAACAUGAAUGGUAACGACUGUGGAGAAAUGCUUCUGGUGGGGUGUAGGCAGCGUAAGGAACAAGUUGGCACUCUUGCUGAGCAAACUGUGAUUCAAGCAGAAAUUAGUGAGCAAUGGCGGCUCAGACAUAUUGAGGUGGUGCCUAGGAGCCUCCGGUGUGUAGUUAAAGCCGAACCAGAGCAAAAACCAAGUAGAAAAUGCCUCCCCCCAAGGUGUAGUCAGGCACUGGAGAGAAGGAGUGUGGGUGCUGACAGUGUGUUUGGUAAAGGCGGACAGCAGGGGUUUCUCCUGGCCCAGGAUUGCAGUGAUUCUAAGACCCCGUGUUUGCAUGGUCCCAUCUCAGUAGGAAGAUCCUCUGAUACAGAUGCUCAAGAAGCAUAUGGGCAGGUCAGUGUAGAAAGACCCCAUGCAGACUCAAGUGUUCCUGCAGUAAGCAAUACUUCUGUCAGCCUGUCCCCCUCAGAACUACUUCUGGAGAACUCAGAACCUGGCAUGCUGAUGCUUACCAUUAAACAGGAGGAUGAGAUCCAGUUUGAGGAUAGAUUUUCAGUGCCAGGACAAAGCAAAGAGCCAUCGUGCAUUCUUAAGAGAGAGACUGGGGAGUGGCCUGAACAUCACAAUUUAGAUACAGAAAUAAGGAACGAAAUAAGGGACAAUGUUACGGGGUUGAACUCAGAAGAAAAGUUUGGAGGAAGCAGGACUAGUAACGAAAAGAGAACUCUAAAGAGGAACAACAGAGCCAGGAGCACUGAUUUGGGAUGUGGGGAUAACGAAAGCCAUCUGAAUAAUCUCUUUGGACAUUUCCAAAAUCAGGCAGAGAAGAAGUUUAGUUGCACAAUUUGUAGGAAGAGCUUCAGCCACCGAAAUAAUCUCUACAGACACCGGAGGAUUCACACAGGGGAGAAACCGUAUGGAUGCGUGCAUUGUGGAAAGCAAUUCACUCAUCAGAGUAACCUCUAUGAACACCUGCGAAUUCAUACUGGAGAGAAACCAUACAGUUGUGGCCUGUGUGGGAAGUGUUUCACUCAGCAAAGCAAUCUGAAAAGACACAAACGAAUACACACGGGAGAAAGGCCAUUCGGCUGCAGCGACUGCGGGAAGACUUUUACGCGUCUUUUCUACCUUAAGAUACAUCAGCAGCAAGUUCAUAGAAGAGAGGCACCCGACAAUUGUGCUAAACUUGGGAGAAGGUGGAAUUUUUGAUGCUUGAACUCGCCUUGUUCAGUUCUCUUUGGAGACAUGUAUGGAGUAAUUUAUUUCUUUUUAAUUAGCAUUACAUCAGAACAACGUCACGGAGAGUUUAAAUAUUAAGGCAGAGGAAGUACAUGGUUACAAAGCUACCUGUUGGUUAAAAAACAUGAAUCUUCUUUAAUGUUGACAUUUAGGUUGUCAAGAACUUUAUGUAGCACUUGGACUACAUAGGAUGGACAGGACAAACAACUUGAGACAGGCUAACAACCUGAGGUUCGCUGUUUGUUCAUGCAAAACAGAGGUAGGUGCAAGACAGUAAAUGUCAGAGGUGUGCUUAUUGGGGUUUUGGUCCUCUCUAUCCCUACAUCUCUAUGGGACAGGCGCCAUACCUACUGCGGGAGUUAGGGGAACAUGGGGAACAGGUGUAGGUGUGUAGGUGUGUAGGUGUAGUGUCCCUCUUCCCUCCUCCCUGUUGGGUUUCAUGAAACUACCUACAUUUACAUUUAUUCAUUUAGCAGACGUCUGCUAAAUGAAUAAAUGUAAAUGUAGGUAGUCUAGUGUAGGUAGUCUACUUGUACCUAGCGAAUAGAUGUCUUAUUGAACUUUUUGUUGGGUAACCGGAGUCUGACAAACAUGUUUCUGUGAUAAAUUGGUGGCUUUGUCAAACCCAGUAAGAUGGGGUCUGGAUUUUAAGUUGAAACACUUUAAAAUGUUCCCCCCAUGUGAGUCCAUACCACAUGGCAACUCCACGGUUUCAUUCUCCUGUGGUGCCUGCAGAGCAUGGUCUCCAUUUGUGCAAAGCAGAAGACAGCAAAGUGGAAAGGAGAUGAUGAACAUCAAUUAUUUUUAGUUAUUUUAAAGGAAAAAAAAAGAUAUUGCUUCACGUUAAAGAAAAUAAGAUGUCUUUUCCAUGGAGUUCCUCAUCUCAAACCCAAUGUUUCCAGUAUAGAGACCCCUCAUUUUAUGAGCUCUUUUUAAAAACAGAAUAAAUACUAGUCUGGCUGUGAAUUAACUCACUAUAGCUUUGUCUGAUGUUUGCAACAAAACCUAAUUUGUGAAUAAACUGAGGGAUUAAGAUGUAUUAAAUUUCAAUUGAUUGUGACCUAGUGGAUU